AACACUUAUGAGUUUGUUUUGUUUCACCCCUCUGUUGUCACACAUCGUUGGUGGGAUGAGUUCUUAUCUUCAACAUCUUGUGAAGAGCGUUGAAUAAUUCAUGAGGGGAGGCCGCCUGGUGACUUUAAGAAGCAGGCGAACCUCCUCUUUGCUUGCAUGUUUGUCUGUACAUCCAGCCUACCUGAAAUGGCCAGCAGCCACAGGUCUCAACCAGGCUAUCCGCCCAUCGCAGGUUCAAGUCCCCCCAGCCCCCAUGUGGACCCCAGGGACCACGAGGAGAAGAUGAAGGAAGCGGAAGAGGUCGCGGCUCUCAACAACCAGUUUGUCCGGUUCAUUGACAAGGUGCACCACCUGCAGCAGCAGAACCAGGUCCUGGAGACUCAGCUGAAGGUGCUGCUGGAGCAGGAGCCCUACGAGGCCGACAUCGAGGGCAUGGUGGAGGAGCUGAGCAGGGCCCUGCGGCAACAGGUGGACUCUCUAGCCCAGGAGCAUGAGAUGCUGGAGGCGAAGCUGGUCAGAAGUGAGGUGCAGGUGGAGGAGAAGCGCAGGAAAUAUGAAGAUGAGAUCCAGAGGAAGGCGGACGCUGAGGAGGAUUUUGUGGCCUACAAAAAGGACGUGGAUGAUGCUCACCUGCAUGAGGUGGAGCUGCAGCUGGAGCUGGAGAACGUGAUGGGGGAGCUGGACUUCCUGACGAGGGCCUUUGAGGAGGAAAUCAAGGAGUUCGAGUCCCAGGUCCAGAACUCCAGGGUGUUCCUGCAGGAGAAGCGGGCGCAGACUUUUGACAUGAGCCAGAUUGCGCGAGAGGUCCAGACGCAGUACGAGGAGAUGGCGGCCCGCAGCCGGGAGGAAGCCGAGGCGUGGCACAGGACCAAGACGGCCGAUAUGGCUGCAAAGGUGCAGAAGCAUGAGGAGGAGCUGAAGGAGAACCGAAGAGAAGUGGCCGACACACUGCGCGUGGUGCAGAAGCUCUUCAGGGAGGUGGAGACCCUGAAGAGGAAGCGGGACGUGCUGCGCACAGAGGCGCAGGAGGCCGAGGACCGUGACCAGCAGGUGCGCGAGGAGGCCGGGGAGCGUGUCCGGCAGCUGAAGGAGGCGCUGCUGCGGGCCAAGCAGGACAUGAUGCAGCAGGUGCACGACUACCAGGACCUCAUGAACCUCAAAGUGGCCCUGGACAUCGAGAUCGCCACCUACAGGAAGCUGCUGGAAGGGGAGGAGAGCAGGCUGGGAGAACACGGCCAACGCCGCUGACCGGGUUGCUGAGGGCAAGUGGACCCUGCGGUCCACGGAACACAAAGAAACGCAGCGAACACCUCCGGUCCUUCCGCUCAGUCCUACAGAAGCGUACUUCUCUGGCUCGGCCACAGUGUCUUCGUCUCGCUGUGUCACCGUGUCACUGCGUCACCUCAUCUCUGAACUUCUGAUGUCGUGUAAAAACACUUCCCUCACACUCUGCUUGAUCGCUGUGCACAAAACCUAAAAAUGGUACAAACAAUAAAUGGGAAAAUGUUGGUGCAAAAAGGGUUUUCUGUGCAGCUUCCCAGUGACAUGA